AUGAGCAGCAGUAUGCGUGAUCUGAUCUCAGCCGAGGCAGAGCUCGACGAUGAGGAAGAUGAUGAAUCUUUUGAUGAGGGAGCUACCGGUCAACGCAGCAGGAACCGUCCUCAAGACUUCGACGAUUCCUCGGAGGAAGAGGAAGACGACGAUGACGAGGAAGAGGCGCGCAAGAUUCGCGAAGGCUUCAUUGUCGAAGAUGAAGAUGAGGACGAAGAAGAGGCUGGCGACGACGAUGACGAUCGACCCGUAAAGAGAAAGCGCGAGCACCGCGAUCGUGAGCAGGAAGAACAAUUAGACGAGGAUGAUUACGAUCUCGUUGGGGAGCAGUAUGGCGAGCAGCCCAAAUCACAGCCACAGUCAAAAUUCAAACGCUUAAAGCGUGGCCACCGUGGCGAUGGCGGCGAUCCGACCAGAGCCGCUGGGCUCGAAGAUAUAUUCAACGAUGAAGAUGACGAAGCUGGAGAGCAACGAGGAUACAGGCCCAACAUGCGCGCCCAAGCCGACGAGUUCGACGACUUCAUCGAAGACGAUUACCCCGUGGACGACGAUGAGCGCGAGCGCGCCCAGGAAGAUGUUGAGGUCGCGCGCUCCAAGGAUCGCGGCGUAUCGGGAAUUGUUGACACUACCGGCCUUGACAAAGAAGCUCUCGAUGACAUGGAAGCCAUCUUUGGCAAUGGCGAAGACUACGACUGGGCUCUCCAGAUGGAGGAUGAAGAGGAGGAGCGUGAACGAGAAGAGCAGGGUAUCGAGCUCAAGGACGUCUUUGAGCCUUCACAGCUUAAGGAGAAGCUCCUUACCGACGAAGACAAUCUUAUCCGCUUUACCGACGAGCCUGAGCGUUUCCAGCUCGAGCGAAAGCCGUUCAAGAACCUUCAGCUGACGGCUGAGCAAUUCCGCGACGAGGCCAAGUGGAUCAGCAACCAACUGUGGCCCAAAAAGGGCUUGUCUCCAGAAUUACAGGCGCCAUUUGGCAAAGCCGUCGGCAAGGUUCUGGAAUUCUUCGUUGUUGAUGAGGUUGAGGUCCCCUUUGUUUUCCAGCAUCGCAAGGACUAUUUGCUUCACUCCAAGAAGAUCCGCAAGUCAACUCACGACGACCCGGACGGCCCCGACUACUCCAUUCAAUCCGACAAACUGCUUAACCAGGACGAUCUCUGGCGAAUCCUUGAACUCGAUAUCAAGUUUCGGUCGUUUAUUGAAAAGAAGAAUGCCUUGGAAAAGACUCUUGAGAACCUCAAGACGGUCGAUGUUGAGGAUCAAAUGGUUGAAGAAAUGAUUCCGGAAGCCACCACCAUGGAAGAGCUGCAAGACUUGCAGGACUAUCUCCAGUUUCAGUACGGCCCCAAGCUUAAAGAUCUGGCUGUUAUGGCUGGCAAUGCUGCUCAGAUGAAAAAGCCUGGUUCGAAAAGCAGUCUUUUGGAUCGCGUGCGUAAUGGCAAGGCAUACUACUUCGUCAAGGCCUACGGCAUCUCCGCCGACCAGUUGGCCAAAAAUGCUCUCCGCCAGGGCAAAAAGGUGACCCCAGAUGAUGUUGGGCAAUACCCCAUGGAUCUUGCCGACAGCCUGGUUGACGAGAGCUUCAGCACUGGAGAUCAAGUCCUCAAUGCGGCGAGGCAAAUGUACGUGGAGGAGCUCCACGCCAGUCCUCGCAUGAGAAAGUACUUCCGGAGCUCGUACUACCAGCUUGCCGAAAUAAGCUGUCGACGCACAGACAAGGGUCUCCGUAAGAUCGACGACACUCAUCCCUACUACGAGAUCAAAUAUCUUCAAAAUCAAACGAUUGCCGACCUUGUUCACCAGCCGGACACAUUCCUUAAGAUGAUGCGGGCCGAGGAGGAAGGUCUUAUUGAGAUCAAGGUCGUCAUGCCUUCUCGCUACGAUUUCCGUAAACAGCUCUACCAGGAGUUUGAGUCGGAAAACUUCAGUGACCGUGCCGAGCAGUGGCGAGAGGAGCGCAAAAAAGUUCUGGAUGCGGCCUAUCCCAAAAUCGAGAAAAGCAUUGCCAAGAAUAUCAAAGAAGUCAUCCGCACAUUCUGCCAGGAUGAAGUGCUCAAGAUGAUCCGGCAAGACUACUAUCGAAAGUUGGAUCAGGCGCCAUACAAGCCUAAGGGUAUGAUUCUGGGAACAACACCGCGUGUUCUCGCGCUCUCCAACGGCAUGGGCGACCCCUCGCGUGACCCCAUCUGCUGGGCGUGGGUGCCUGAAGAUGGCCGUGUCUCGGAACAGGGGAAGUUUGGCAACUUGGGGCGAGAUGAGAGCCAGCGUGAAGCUUUUGUUGAGCUGGUCAACCGCCGCCGCCCUGAUGUCAUUGCUGUCUGUGGUUGGUCCUGCGACACUCACAAGCUCGUUCGUGAUCUGGAGAGCCUUGUCAGUGAAAAGGCUCUCAUGGGCCCGGAAUUCGAGGACCCCGAGACAAAUGAUUACCGAACCGAGCAGUUGGAGGUCAUGGUUGUUGACGACGAAGUUGCCAGGCUAUACAAGGACAGUCCUCGGGCAGUGGCCGAACACCCAUCGCUUAACCCUGUCACGAGAUACUGCGUUGCCCUGGCUCGUUACAUGCAGAAUCCCAUGAAGGAAUAUGCCGCGCUUGGCAAGGAUGUGAUCUCGCUUUCUUUCCAUCCUUGUCAGAAACUGCUGCCGCAGGACAAGCUUGCCAAGUAUCUGGAAUCAGCAAUGGUGGACACCGUCAACAUGGUUGGAGUCAACAUCAACGAUGCCAUGGCUGACACGUACACGGCGAACCUGCUCCCCUUCAUUGCUGGUCUUGGUCCACGCAAGGCCACCAGCGUGAUGAAGGCCAUCAAUGCCAACGGCGGCUCAGUAAACACGAGAGAAGAGCUUGUGGGUGAUCCCGAAAGCCGCAAGCUUCCGGUUGUUGGUCCCCGUGUGUGGAACAACUGUGCUAGUUUCUUGUACAUUGACUACGACGUCACCAACCCCGCAUCAGAUCCCCUGGACAACACUCGUGUGCAUCCUGAAGACUAUGAACUUGGUCGCAAGAUGGCGGCGGAUGCGCUGGAACUUGAUGAGGAAGACGUAAAGGCUGAGAUUGAUGAGAAUGGUCCAGGUGCUAUCGUGCGUAAGCUAUUCAAGCAGGGUGAACAAGAAAGAGUCAAUGAGCUGGUGCUGGACGAGUACGCGGAUCAGCUUCUGCGCAACUUUAACCAGCGAAAGCGUGCCACUCUCGAGGCCAUCAGUGCAGAGCUUCAGGCAGAGUAUGAAGAGCUGCGCAGGAGCUUUGCGCCGUUGACACAAUCAGAAAUCUUCACCAUCUUUACCGGCGAGACGAAACAAACACUUUGCGAGGGCAUGAUUGUUCCUGUCAACAUUCGCGUGGCAAGGGAUGACUUUGCCAUUGCCAAGCUCGACUGUGGCAUCGAGGGUCGCGCGGAGGCCCACGAAGUGACAAGUCGGCCGUCGGUCAAAGACGUGCUCAGCGUGGGCCAAACAGCGCGGGCUAGGAUUCUGGAGAUGGAUUACAAGGCGUUCUCUGCCAAGCUUUCGAUGCGGGAGGAUUCCCUGCGCAUUCCCUACAAGCGUCCCAUCAACCACGGACGCGACGGCUGGGACUAUGCUCAAGAGGCGGCGGACAAGGAGGAGCUCAAGGAAAAGGACAAGACGACUGGGCGGACGCAACGUGUUGUCAAGCACCCCAACUUCAAGCCGUUCAAUGGUCUGCAGGCGCAAGAAUUUCUGGGAUCACAAGCGUCUGGUGAGGUGAUUAUUCGACCGUCGUCGAAAGGAAACGAUCACCUGGCCAUUACGUGGAAGGUUGCGGACAACGUUUAUCAGCACAUUGAUGUAUUGGAGAUGCAAAAGGAAAAUGAGUUUUCCGUGGGCAAGCUUCUGCGCAUCGGUAGGCGGUAUACCUACAGCGAUUUAGACGAGUUGAUCGUGGACCAUGUCAAGGCGAUGGCUCGCAAGGUGGAUGAGAUGAUGCGUCACGACAAGUAUCAGAACCGCUCCCGCAGUGAGACUGUGACUCGCUCCCACAAGGCCAACGACCGUGAUCACAAGGGCAUCGCCGAGGGCACUGCUCUUCCCAUCGAGCACCUCCCCCGUUACUUCGCCAAGAGUGGCUAUGCCGACGUCGAUCCCAAGAAGAUCAAAAAGGACGGUGCUGGCAAAGGCAACUGGGGCACCCUUCAUGAAGACAUUGCCGACGAGGAUUUUACCUUUACCAAUGCUCGUCGUCGCUCCAACAGUAGCACCGUCUCCCAUCACGCCAAAGACUUCAGGACCAAGUUUGAGGUUAUUGACCCCGAACCCGUUUUUGAAGAGUCUCUCCACGGUCCCCUCGCUGAAGAGGAGGAACACGGCGAUAACCUCUCCAAGACUGAUUCCUCCGAGACCAGCCACUCAUCUUAG